CAAAAGCGGGCCGUGCGCAUUUUCACGGACUAUAAAAUCAAGGUUUCAAGUGGAACUUCUCAUAAGAAUUCGAUCAACUCAGUAGAUUGAAUCAAUUGUUACAAUGAAGGCUGCAGUUCUUGUUCUGAUUUUCGGAGUUGUACUCCAUCAAACCUACGGUGCUUUGAUCACCCGUGCCCAAUGGGGAGCUAGGGCACCAACUGGAACUAGCAAGUUCUCAGGAGUCAUUCCAUACGUUGUUAUCCAUCACUCUGAAUCACCUGGAGUUUGUACCACCACCGAUGCUUGCAAGGCUGCCAUGAGGUCCAUGCAGAACUACCACAUGAACACCAACGGAUGGGCAGAUAUUGGAUACAGUUUCGCAAUUGGUGGUGAUGGCAAUACCUACGAAGGUCGUGGAUACAACGUUGUUGGAGCUCACGCCCCAGGUUACAACAGCCAAAGUAUUGGUCUUCUUUUGAUUGGUGACUUCAGGAAGGCUAAUGCUCCAGCUAACAUGAUCACUGCUGCCAAGAACUUCAUUGCCUCUGCUGUUUCUGCUGGAAAGCUUUCCUCAUCUUACAAAUUGAUUGGACAUAGGCAAGCCGUAUCCACCGACUGUCCUGGAGACAAAUUGUACGCUGAAAUCAAAACCUGGGCUCGUUACACUGCUAACCCUUAAAUCGUUUGGCUAUAUCCAAAUGAAUAAACUGUGGAAAUAAUCAUUUA